GCAACACUGUGUCAACAAGUUUUCUGUUGUGCAUGAGCGAAAAGUGUUCGACGUUUUCCUGCAAAUUUCGUUAAUAAAGUUCUAAAAAAUGGCUGUUCCAAGACAGAGUGAAGCUCAGGAGUACAUAGAGAAGCAGAGAAUAAUGGAACUGUUUGAUAACAUUACAGCUCAGCUUGUUUUUCAUAGACCAGAUAAUCCCAAGACCUUCAUGAUUGACUAUGUGGAGAAACUUAAAGAAUCCAGAACAACGCAACUUGACUUCCCGUGUCUGUUUGACGAGUCCAAUAUUGAGUCUGUUUUUGGAAUGCUGGAUCCGACUAAGAAAGGAUUCAUAACAUCAGAACAAUACAAAGAAUCGACCCAAACUCUUGGCUGUGAUAAUGUUGAUCCCAGUCCAGCUGGCUCCGACAUGGACAUGAUUACACAAGACACCUUCAGAAGAGAAGUAAAAACUGGUUUAAAGAAAGCUUCAGCAACAUUUGAGCAAGUUUAGAGGUGUGGCACCUGUGCAUGAUGGAUAGAAGUCAGCAAUGCUUGACCAAUGGGGCGUAAUGAUGGAGUUUUCUUUUGUAUGUUGAGAUCAUUCUGCUCGGCUGAAGUACUUUAUUUACUAUUAUUAUUAUUAUUAUUAUUAUUAUUACUUCAUGCAGCCUCAAUCCUUAGCCGUCAGGGAAUCACUGUAGGGGAGUGAGAGUUUUUCAAUGUUUCUGCAAUAUUAUUUAUUCUUAAGCCCUUUUCACACUACUCUAUUCCCUACAGGCAACCCAAGGAAAAAAUGGCCGGUCCUUUCACACUUCAAAGCUUUACCCCUGAUCUACCCCGACAAAUGGGCAUACCCUGCUCUGUAGGGGUAAUCAGUAAAUUCCUGGGGUAUUCUUGAAACAUGCAAACUGAACUUCAUGGAAUAUGGACCUAGGCAGGGACAGUGUGAAUGUGCACUGGGGUAACUCUGUAGAGAACUCCCAGGGCCGUCUUCCACUGGGAUAAGAGAAUUAGUGUGAAAAGGGCUUAUGGCCGUUGAGAAAUUUAGUCGAGCAAAGAUAUUAACCCCAAGACCUUGUGAUUGCUUGCUUAUCUUGUUAUCUUUGACAACAAAAGUAAUCAGCGGAAGCGUUGUAUGUUUCCUUGAAAACAAUGACCACAAGGAAACCUGCAAUGACAGAGUUGCUGACUGAAGUGCUUAACAGUUUUUUCUGCUAAGCAAAAUUAAGAAGGAAACCAGUUACAAACGGUGUAUAAGACAUGGUAGGUUGGCUGGUACUCUAGUUCUGGUAUGCACACUUGAAUGCUAUGGGUGUAAAAAGUUUCAAUUAGGGUCACAUACACAAUAGCUGUUAAGCGUUUUUGAAUUUCAAUUGUGAAUAAAACAAAACAUUUUGUAUGCAGUUACUCAUAACUUGGCCUUCCUACUUGCUAUAAAACAGCUUGCUACAUGAUGUAAUACAAAGGUGUUACAAAAUAUUUAUUAUUGAAAUUCAGUUGUAAAAAUUGUAAAUAAAAACUUACUUGAAACAGUGAAAGAUAAGAAAUAAUUAGCCUUUUCACUUAUUUGUUGUUCAGUCAGUCUGUGUGUACAGGUAUUAGAAGUUUAAAGAGACUGUGUUGUCAUGAACUAAGCUGGCCUGUGGUUGUACUAUGUAUUAGACCCUUCCCAUGAAAUAUGUUCAAGAAACACGUUGCCUUGGACUGGUCGAAAUGGUCUUU